UACUGGGUUUUAAUAAAUUGCGCGCGAUUUCUUUCGUGUUGUUUUCAGUUGGUAUAUUGUUAACAUUUGGGUGGGAAGUGAACGUUUACCGUUAGCAUCAUUUUAAUAAUGUCUUUCGAAGAUUGUAUAGAUAAAUUAGAGCAAUUAAUUUGCGAUGAAAAUAAAAUUGUGACUUACAAGAUGUUAAGUAGAGAAUUAAAAAUUCAUGUCAAUAAAGCCAAAAUGUACAUGUUUGAAUUUCUGAUGAAACAAAAUUUAAAAGCAAAUGCAAAUUUACAAGUCCAUUAUUUUCUUGCUGGUGAUGUAGGGCAGGAUAACAGGAAAGUUAUGAAAGUUCUAGUUGUUUCUCAAGAUGCAGUAGAACAAGCAAAACAAAAGUUCAGAGAAUUAACUAGUUGUCACAUUUAUUCCAUAAACAAAGAAAAGAUCAUGGAUGAAUGUGCUUUGUGCACAGCAGAUAUUUCUUACAGUAAAGACAUGGAAGAGCAAAAUGAAUAUUCUGCUAUUAAGCAUCGUAGUAUAGAAAUUCAGCCUCCAGUUUUGAAUAAAAUAAAUAUCAUGAAAAAAGAUAAUGAAUCUGAAUUCUUAAAAAAGCAGACUGGAGUUACGAUGAGAAACAGUAUUUCAUUAACAGUUAUAACACAGAAGGAUGAUAAAAAGGAAAGAAUAGGGAAAAGUCCAUUAAUUACUGGAGAAAACAGAAAUGAUGAAAAGCUACAAAAUGUGAAAGAAAUGAAGAAAAGUCCUGAAAAGAAAGAAAAAAAUACAUUGAUGGCUAUGUGGCAAAAAAAUGAAAAAUCUUCGAAUGUUAAAAAGGAAAAUGCCAGAGUAGAAGGAAAGGGCAAAAAUAAAAGUGUCCAGGAAACAGCAAAGAAUUUUGGAAAAAAUAAUAUCAUGAGUAUGUUUUCAAAACAAGCAGAGAAAAAUGCAUCAAAUUUAAACAAGAAAUCUUCAGUUGCAAACCCUCUUGUUGAACAAGAAAUAGCUGUUGCAUGUGAUGCUAAAAGUAUUAAUGCACCAUGUAAGGAUGUAGUAUCAAAAGUUAGCAAAAGUGUAUCUAAAUCAUCUCAAAAAAGAAAAUCAUCUGAAAGGAAAUCAAAUAAGUUUUCAAAACAGAAGAAAGACAGUAAAUCAGAAGAUGAGUUUCAACCAAAGGCAAAAAAGCAUCGUCGUAUUUGCACAUUUGAAGAAUCAGAAUCUGAUAGUGAAUCUGAAGAAGCACAAGAUAAAGCUUUAAGAAGCAUCCAUAUACCUGAAGAUCCUACCAUAGCAAUCAUGGAAGAGAGUGAGGAUAGUGAAGAUCCAAUUCCUCCUACUCCUCCUGUUAUACACAAAGGCAAAAGUCGAAUUUUGAAAACAGUUAAGAAAACAUAUCAAGAUGAAGAAGGGUUUUUUGUUACUAAAACUAAAAAAGAACUUGUUUCUGCAUCAGAAGAUGAAGAAGACCCACUGAAAGCAAAAGCAAAAGAGUUAAUUUCUGAUGAAACUGUAAACAGAAGUCAUUAUAUUAAUAGGAAGCAAGCCUCUUUGAUUAGCUUUUUCAAGCAAAAAUAAUGUAGGUAAAUUAUACAUAAAUUGUGUUCACCAAUACUUUUAAUUACGUUAAUGUUUAUAGCAGCAUACUAAAUAAUUGUAUUGUCUGUGUAUUUAGAGCUUUAAAUGUUUUCAUGUACACAUUUAAAUAAAAAUAGCAUUAAGUCAAUUCAUGUAUAUACUUUAAAUUAACAAAAUAAAACUUACAGAAAACAGUCAUUGUGAUUUGUUUAUGUGUACAAAUAUUGCAGUGUAUUAAAUUUAUGAAUUAAAUAGAAGAGUAAUAAAUUUAGCAGAAUUCUAAUAAUCAGCCUACCUUGGGACUAAGAAAAUAUUUUUAAAAUUUGAAAGUUAUAAGCUUUUAUUAUUAUUAUUAUAGGCUGAUUUCAUAUUUUUGCCUUUCUAAUUUUUACUUUGAAUUUUGGUUAUUGCCAUAUAAAUAAAUUAACCAAAACAUACUCAUGCCUUAAGAACUAUUUAAUCAAGAUUUACUGAAUUUGAAAAUAUGUUUUUUAAAUACAGUUAUAUACAAUAAAAACUUGAUCAUCUGACAUUCAACUAGCUAGAAAGCUCAAGUAACCAAAAUAAUUUUUAUGAAACAUGAAUUAAAAGACUUCUAAAGACAGUAUAGAAUGAUAACUCGAGACAAAAUCUGUCACAAGGCUGUCUGAUUUAAUGCCAUUAAUAAAUAAUCAUGAUGCUAUGAUACAGUCAUAAGCUCUUCAUUUCAUGUAAACUUGAUUAAUCCACUGCUUCAGCUCUUUUAAAGAAGGAUAUAAGUUAACUGUUAUUUAUCUGUUUUCGUCUUGAAUUUUGGGGGAAAAAAAUUAACUUUGAAACCUGCCCUAAAUAGAAUGGCAUACAGUGUGAGCAUUUUCAAAAUUAUGCAAUUCUGGUAUUAAUAAAAGUGUGUGUUUAAUGAACAUGAUUUGUGACUUUAUUUGAAAAUUGAUUUUUUUUAAAAACUAUACUGUACAUCAGAAUGUAAAAAGUUCCGAUGAGAAAUUUUAUUUAGUUAUGUAUGUAUAUCUCUGUUUUUUGUCUUUUGUUUUAAAUGCUAUAUCCGUAACUUGUGUGCCUUGAUUAUCAAAAUAAAUAGUGGUUAGCUGUGGUUAGUUUUUCUAACUUCUGUUGAAAUAAUUGGUGUAAAUUAGGCAGAAUUUCUUGAAACUUUGAUGGAAAUUUUGUUAUUAGGUAAGAUGCUUUAAUUUCAUAUAUUUAAGGUUUAUGAAAAUAUGUUGGCUUUUAUGUAUAAAUGCCUCCCUCCCCCUAAAAUCUUAGAUAAUGUUAAAUGUAAGCUUUUUAUAUUCAAGCUGUUAAUAGAUGAGAUGGCUGUUUUUCUAAUUAAAACUAGAAAUUUCUUCUUCCAUUCAUUUGCCUUUUCUGCUGUGAACUGCACUUUUUAUGCUUUGUGUUUGGAAUUUUUAUGUAUCUGGCAUUCAUUGCUUCCAAAGUAAUUUUACUGCUCUUAAAUGAGAGAAACAGUAUAUAAAUGAACACACUAUUUAUAAAACCAUAACCAGUAAUGCUUUCCCUAGAUUGAAUCUGUGCGCUAAUUUUACCGUUAAUUUAUAUUAUGCAAUUAGUUGGAUUAAAUAAAAAAAAUAUGCUAAAA